AGUAUUAGGUUGUAUGUCGUUGUGUAAAGACUACACACGCCGUGGUGAUCUCAACAUACAUAUAUUAUCAUUCAGUGAGGGCGAUUCCACCAAUUUCACAAUUGAUUGCCCAGAACAAGUAUAUAUAACUUUCUAAGCAGAAUACAGGAAAAUUCUGAUACCUCAGGUGGUGUGAAAAGUGGAAAUUGUUCAACGACAAAAUUCAAUUUCUCUUAUUUGGAUGACCUUUUACGUAUUGGUUGAGUUCACGAAGGAUACAAAAGUCGAUUUACAAAGGCGCGAAGUGCGUUUAGGAGUUGCUGAAUGUGUUGUGAUAAACGAUACACAACAAUAACGGUCGUUUUCACCCGUAAAGUGUCAAGUGAAAUGUAAAAAGUAAAUAAAUGAGAUUUAUUUUGAGUGCGGAUUAUGGUAAUGUGAAAAAAAUAAACCAUAUAAGUAUGUUUUAAAUUGUAUGUAUGUGAAUUACUGGGGUGAUUGUGAUUAUUUUGCCGGCAAUUUCACAAUCCCUACGCUAGGGGAAAUCCACAUACAUAUUAGUGGAAUUAUUUUCUCAUUCUAAACAACUUUAUUUUACAAUGCGGGAUUGCUAGUGCCAUUGAAGGAUUAUACAUAGCAAGACGAUGAUGCUGCUAAUGAUAAGAAUGUUGUUGAUGAUGAAGUGAUCAUAUCUUCCCGAUUGGAUUAUGCUUUAUUCUGGGAAACACAUGAUAAACAUUUUGUGGAAAUGUGGUGGAUUAUUCUGCUGAUAAUUGGAGAUUUAUUUUCAUUUUCUCCGGUUACUGAAGCACUAAAAGUCAUCAAUCCAGAAUCACAGAAUGAACCAUACUUCACAUCAGAGUCAGGAAGAUAUAAAUUUGUCACAGGAAAUACAAUUUUGCUUCCGUGUGACGUAGCACAUGCAGAUUCAUAUGUUAUUGCGUGGAAAAAGGGAAUAGCGAUUUUAACAGCGGGAAAAGUUAAGGUAUCCCCUGAUGCUAGAAUGCAUUUAAUCAACGGAUAUACGUUACAAAUAAAGGAUUCUGUGCCGCAAGAUGCAGGAGUUUAUGUGUGCCAGAUAGCAACAUUAAAUCCACUCGAAAUAACGCAUACAGUAGAUAUUUUAGUACCACCUGUGAUACAUCACGUGACAUCAGGAGGUAGUUUACAGGUGAAAAAAGGAAUGCCUGUGUAUCUGGAAUGCUUUGCUUCGGGAAAUCCAGUACCAAAUAUCACAUGGACACGAAAGAAUAAUGUACUUCCAAAUGGCGAAGAAUACUUGCCAUCUACAGCACUAACAAUUGAGAAUAUGGACCGACACAAAGGAGGAACUUAUAUUUGUACAGCAAAUAAUGGAGUUGGACAGCCAGCAACUAGUCAAGUACUGUUACAUGUACUAUAUCCACCAGAAAUUAGCUUAGAAAGACCAAUUGUACAUUCAAGUGAAGAUCAAGAAGCAAUGUUGGUCUGUAUUGUACAUGGAGAACCACCACCAACGGUAACAUGGUACGUAAAUACAAUGCAACUACAUACAACUGAAAAUUAUAUUAUGGGUGCACGAGGAUCACGACAUACCCUUUUAAUAAGAAAGGUUAAUACGCAAGAUUUUGGAAAUUACACAUGCAUGGCAGAGAAUGAUCUUGGACGUGCAAAGAAAAGUAUAAUGUUGACUGGGAAACCGAAAACAGCUGUAUUUCAGUCUCCACCUGUUAGUCAAUGGGGAGAUAGAUACAACAUUUCAUGGGCUGUGGAUUCACAUACCCCAAUAGAGGAAUUUAAAUUGUUCUUUAGGAGGUUGCCAAAAGGUCGUACAAAUGAUGAAAAUAAUGAAGAUUCCGGUGGUUUUCCAGCGGGAUUCAGUGAACAAUUACAACCUCUUCAGCAUCAAAGUCAGCAGCAGCAGCAGCAUUUUGGUCGUCGUGGUUUCUAUCGGCGAAGUAAUAGCACGCAUCAUUUGGUUGUACCGGCAUAUGAGUCGCAUUGGUACAAAAAUGGACAUGGCAGUAUCGUUCACUGGUCUGGAAAUGACUGGAGAGAUGUCAUUUUGCCUGCUAUACCAUUAUCACAUCUCUACACGCAAAGUAUGAGUUAUCUCAUCCAUGGCUUAGAACCUGAUCAUCAGUACGAAGCUAAAGUCCAGGCGAGAAAUAGAUAUGGCUGGAGUGAUGUAUCAGAUCGUUUCAUUUUCUCAACGCCCAAUUCAAAUUCUGAAGUUCGUGAUAUGCGAUCAACUCAAUUUAAUGGAGCAACUUCGAAAAAUUCCGUAAUUUGUGGGAAUAUCCUAUUCAUCCUCCUGACCAUAAUUAUGUGUCAUAUCUUACCAUUAAAAAAAUGAAUAUAUAAGACUAUCGUUACAUUUUCACAGUAAAAACCUUUCUCCAUGUUAAAAAAAAAUCUUACAGGAACAAAUUUUCUGAUGUGAAUAUGCUGCACAAUUUUUGCAAAACAUGAAUAAGGAUGAAAUUUUAUAAUGAGAAAAAUUCUUUUCUAUCAAAAAACCAUCUGUAAAAUAAUGAGAAUAAGCUUUAAUGUUUAAUUAUAGAUUCAAUGGGACUUAAAUGUAAUUUAAAUAUUUACAAUUACAACUAUUACAAAAGACCAAACCGAUUUGUUUAAAAAGAAUAUUUUUUUAUUUAAACAAAUCCGCCAAAAACACAAAUACACUUUAUUUUGUUUUUUUUAUAGGUUUAAGAACUUAGAAUUAUAAAUACAUGUCAUAUAUAAUUAGUGAUUGAGAGAUGUUUAAUUAAAUUUGCAUUUCUAUGUACAUAAUUAUUAUCUUUCUCAAGCAUAAAUUUUAUCACAAAAGAGCGCAGUACCGAAAUAAUGUGGAUAUACAAAAUUAAGUUAUAACAAAAAAAUCUUCCACAUUAACUAUUAUGCAGUAAAAUUUUAACAAAUAAAAUUGUAAAACAAUCUAUAAAGAUUUCCAUUUCAUGUAAAUCCC